AGAGAGAUGGGUCUGCCUGGAGUCAAGAGACUUCACUUCAUUCCAGGUAAACAGAAGAGUCUGCUAGCCCUGUUUUCAAUGGGGCACCUUGGCACCCUCCCCUCCAAUGAGCCUUCCUGUCUGCUACGGAUCUUUGCCUUUGGUGAAUCUUUCCCACAUGCCUUCACCACUCCUUGCUCCAUGGGGUCAUCUGCUCUGCUGUGGCCACUUACGACCCCCCCGCCCUGCCCCCAUCUGAUCACGUGCUCCUAGGGGCUUUCCAUUCCACUGCCUGGUGCGGGGUAUGAUCCAUCUCUGCCUCAUUGCCUCCCCAAUCGUUCCAUUCUUCACCAUCUGUCCUCCUUGAUCGUUAUCAUCCUCUUCAGGCAGCGCUUGUCAAACCUUAUCGGAGCUGGCUUUCGUCAGGCUUGCGUUUCCCUGGGUCUCCCAGCUGCGUAGCACUGUUGGAAGAGUCUCCCAUCCGUUUGACAAGAGGGAGACAGUGACAAAGAUGGCCGGGAGUAUGGUUCGUGGUAAGGUACGGGCCUGGGAGCAGUGGGUUCUAUCCCUGGCUCUGCCACUGGCCAUAGGCAAGCCGCUUGUCCUCCUUCUGCCUCAGUUUCCCUGUCUGUUAAAGGCUACUCUGACCUGCCAGGCAGAGUGCUUGUGACACGUGGUUAAUGCGUGUUCAUAGAGCAGGUUGAGAACGUUGGAUGGAAGGAGCUAGGGAAAGGCAAUCUGUUAUUAAGAGGCUGGAAAUGUCAGAGAAACAGCAUUAAGCGACUGUAACAAGUGUUUGUUGUAACGAAUGGGAGACCCAGUGCAAGUUAUUUAUGGCCAUCCUCAGAGGGACUGAAAUCAAUGGAAUGUCGGAGCCUUAAAUAUCUUUGAGGAUCUGGACCUUUGGGCUUUUCUGCACCAUGCUGCAGGGCGAGCUACAGGAGUAUGAAGUGUAGAGUGCUCGAACUGCCCCUGCUGGCGCGAGCUAACAGGUACCUCGCUCACGUUGACGCAGGCCUGUUUCAAACAGCGCUACGUCAACGUGAGCGAGGUACCUGUUAGUUCGUGCCAGCAGGGUCUAUGCGGGGCGCUUUGAGCGGGUGCAGGACAUUUGAGUGCCCUUCAAUUCACACCCCCGUAGUCUGCACUGCAAUUUAGGGCUUGAUCCUGCCGAGUCGUAAUGUCGGUCACCCGAUGCCUCCCCAUCACGCGCUCAUGGGAGUGGGGGGCGGUUCUGGGCAGACUGGAUUUACAUAACGGCAGGGCAAGGAGCGGUUAAAGGAUUAAGUUCAGCCCUUGGCCAAUGCAGGAUCGGUCCAGCUCCUGUCGUCUCAGGGUUCUGGCUGGUAAUGGGGGGGGUGGCCCUUUAACCGGGUUCCUGAAGGUCUUUGGCCCAUGGCUCUUGGUGCCUGCGCGUUAGGCAGGGACUCACCCUACACACUCAUGAUGGUCUCUUCUGGCCUUCAGAUCUAUGCAGUGAAAGGUGGCACUUGCCCUGCCUAGGGAUAGCUUUAUAGAGACACAAGCCAGGCCCCAGUGGCUACUGUCCGCAUGCAUGACACGCAAGUGAGCAGCUCGGAGUAUUCUCGCUGCCUGGCUCUGAAAAGCAGGGUCACAACUCCCCCCUCUCCCCCCCGCCCCAGCCCGCUUCUCCGCCUGCAGAGCUGCCGUUCAUUGCUAUGGGAGGCGGGCGUGCAGCAGGGCCAGCGUUCCCACUGCAUUCUCCGUCUCCGCCAAUUGCUCACGACAAGUCUCAGGCUGAGCUGAUCCUGUGUACAUGGUGGUGGCACCUCUCUUUACCCCCCCCCCCCCCCCGAGGCACUCUUCCCCCAGGCACAGCAGUAAUGAACCUUGCUCCAUCCUAUUACCUCCCCAGUCCUGCUCCGCCUCCACCAGGUUAGCAGCUCCCACUGGCUUAGUGCGCCGUGUAAUAAACCCGUAUGGAGGCUUUUGAUUUUGCCAGCACAAUCACAUUACUCCCUGUUAAAAAUGGCUGGACCUGGGGUAAUAAAUUGGAGGUGUCAGAGCUGUUUGCUUCUUCAUCUCCUUUCAUUACCCAGAGCAGCAAUUGAUCUCCUCUGUUGCUGUCCUCCAGCGGCGCUGGGGGAAGCAAAUAGGAAUUGCGAGUACCAAUGAUGCUUCUCGGGGGAGAGCGCGGUUUGCAGGGGGACAGUUGGGUCUGUUUGGGGGGCAGACGGGGGAACUGUCCCACUCUUCCCCCCCCCCCUUUGUGGGAGCAUUUUCACAGCAUUCUAGCAUUUGGAGAAAGAUGAAAGAUCCUCGUUAGGCUGCGUCUGAUCCAUCCCUCACUGCAGCCGGGUUGUUCCCUUGAGUGUGCUCUCCAGCGCUUUGUCCAGUUUCGAAUGACUCAAUCGAUGCGGCAUCCACUGUAUCCUCGGGGGGACCAUUCCACUGUCUCCAUUUUCCUCCCCACGGCAGUGAUGGGGUUCUAAUGGGGUGUUUCAGGUAAUAAAGGCGGGGGGAGAAUUCACCGUUGUGGAGCAGUCUGUUCCAGGCCCGGCUCUUUGCCCGGUGUCCCAGCCGAGGGGCAGCAUAUGCCAGACUCAAUCAGUUCACCCCUCAGGGAGUUCACUUCUCUUUCUUUGCGAAGAGUACCAGGGCAGAUGUGGGCUGAGCCACCAGCUGAUUUUUCGCCACUUGGGCCCUGCUUACAAGGUCCAGCGUGGGUGGCGUGUGGAGCUGGAUUUCCAGGCGCUGGUCCCAUUUUUGCCAGAUUCCAAGUUUCAAAGCCCAGCGCUUCAGCACCCCAGCUGCUUUCGGGUAGGUCUGCACUGCAGUCAUGGAGUGUGAUUGCAGCUUGUGUUGACGUACCCAAGCUAGCUCAGGUGUCGGAGCAGUGAAGCCAGGUCCGCACUCACUCCAAUGCAGGCUCCACCAGCCCCCUGGAACCCUGGGCAGUUACUCACAGGGCAAGCCCCUGCUGAAGCUUCUGGCACAUCCUGGUGCCAAGCAGGGGUGAGCCCCAGCUGUGCCAAGAGCAGCUUAGCUUGCCUGCACUAUCGGGGGGUUUGCAGUGGUUGGCUGGCCUACGGGCCUGAUCCAAAGCUCCCUGAACUCAAUGGCUGUCUGUCUACUGACUUGCCCAGAUGUGGGAUCAGGCCCUGUAUUCCCAGUUCAAGGCACCCAGCCCUAAUUAAUGAGCAGGAUUUUACUAAUGAACACUCAUUUAAAAACAGCAAACAGGGACCUAUUUCAGCAUGGAUUUAACACACCCAGAUUAUUUUGGGUGCGUGUGCGCGCUUGGGGGAAUGAGACGGAAGAAUUAUUAACCCCUGCAUUUAAAGGAAACAAAGAAACAAGUCUAAAUCAGAUUUUCCUCUUGAUUCUUCUGUUACUAGAACAAUUAACAUUCCUGGCAAAUGAAUUAUAAUUAGCAGCCCCUUCCAACAUUAAUACUUCAGAUGCUGGAUAUUUAUAUAGGGCUCUGGUAUUUAUAUUUGAUGAGAUCUGUCAACAACUGUUCUGCUAGACAGAAUAUUUUUCAGCCGAGCACAUUAAACAGGACAAUUAGCUGGCUCUUAUGCUUAUUCCCCCUAGAAACACAUUUAGGCUACUUCUCAAUUGCUGAUUGGGGAGCAGGGGCGGGGGAGGGGUUCUUUGUUCUGAAACAGAGGAAUAGAUUAGGGUCCCAGGAGGUGGCAAAGAACGGUACCGGUUUUAUGAAUACUAAGUACAAAAAGCUACAUUGAGGUCAGGACUACAAUGUACCAAAGGCAGAGCAUUCAAAGGGAAGCAGCGGCAGAGUUCAGGGCUCAGGUUGAAAGGAUGUCUCUCUGCUUUAAAGGGAAAACAAUGAAACUGUGCCCUUUUUGGCUGCUCAAUGGUGAACGAAGAAGACUUGAAAGAUUUCAUUUCCUUCUCCAAAAAAGAAAAAGUGAGGGGGUUUUUAACCUUAGAAAAAUCAGAAAGAUUAAAUCCGGUCUUCCCUGUUUUUCUGCUGGGUGUCUCCUUGAAAGACAAGAGAACUAGGAAGGGAGGGGUCUCAGCCCUUAACUGAAGAGGGGAGGAAUCUUUAAAGACAGCUUUUCUCCUGAGCGUUUGUCAGACCUUUGAGUUAAAUCAAGGAGAACAAAAACAAACAGAUCCAGAGCCUUGAACAAUCUGACUAAAAAUCCCUCCCACCGUGGCUCAAGUUUCACUUCUUUGGUUGCCAUGUGGUGGUGUAAUCCUACUAGUUUUCCAGUUGUCCAUAGAGACCUCCAUAAAAAACAGUAUACAAGAUUUGAAUGUAUAGUGGUAGGUCUUUAUCCAUCAUAAAGAAACAAUGCAACUACAGAGCACUAACAACCACUAGGAGUUAGGCACCUAAAUAAUUUUGAGGAUCUAGCUGUAGGGCCCUGCUCCUGCUCUGCGUAGAUGGACUCUUGUUUCCAUACAGAGCCACCUUGCCUUGAGCAGGUACUUCAGGACCAUGGCUGCAGGAACCAUGCCUAGCUGCCAUGCAGCAAAUUGAGUGCUAGCAGCUCUUCAGAGCCCUCAUGCGCUUGCCCUCUUAACCUCAAAGGACACCAGGUAAGGGCCCCCCUGCCCCAUCCUGCAAGUAGAUCUAUGUCCGUCGAAACCCACUGGUAUCAGUCCCGCAUGGAAGAACAUGCAGGCCUGAGCCUUAAUUAGGAACAAUGAGAAACUGAGAAAUGAGGUCGUGUUUCAAAUGUCCACUCGUCCAACUUUCGUCAAUGUUUUCUAAUCGGCUCGAAGUAAGAGCCUGUUUCUCUUCCCUGUUGUUAUGUUUUGUAACAUAGAAAUAGAGAAGUGAGAUGAAAACAUAAAAUAGUCUUGCUGGAAGGUUGCAACCUAGCACUGCUUUGUUUUGUAGAAUUCAGAAUGAUAAAAGCAGAGAGAGACAAAGCAGGCUGCUCCCAGAGGUACAACUCACCCCACCUUGUUACUCUAGGUUCCCUGGCUGCAAACUGACUGCUGUGGUCACACUUCCCUACAGAGGCUCCUGCCUGCAGGACCAGGAAACCCCUGAGCAUUUAAAUUGAUAGCUUUACAAUGUUAAUAGUUUUCCAUACACCACACCUGUGAGCCCAGUUUUCCAGGGCUUGCAGCAUUCAGACACACACACAUCCAUGUAGCCCCAAGGAUAUUUUUAAAGCUAUAUAAGUUCUUAUGAAUGUAUUUUUAUUACAGUAGCACCCAGAAGUCCCAGCUGAGAGUAUCUCUACACUCCAACUGAACUGCAAUUGGGGGGAGAGGAUUGAGCUUGGGUAGGCAAACCCGCAUUAGCUUUCAUCUAGCUGGCGUGGCGGCAAAUAGCAGUGAGGACGUGGUGGCAUGGACUUCUUCAGCAUCAGCCGUUCAAACCCCCCGCCGUGCUCCGGGCUAUGUACGUGUUUGCAUUGCUAGCCCGGGCUGACACCCGUGCCACCAUAUCUUCACCGCUAUUCGUAGCCUUGCUAACUAGAUUAAAGCUAAUUUGGGUAUGCCUACGUGGCACACCUUCCAUUGCAGCGUAGGCCUGCCCUGAGAUCAUGGCCUCAUUGUACUCGGGGCUGUAGAGAGACAUAGAGACAGUCCCUGCUCAAGAGACCUCACAGUCUAAAUAGUCAGCAGAAGGGGAAACGAUUUACCCAAGAACACGCGGUAGGUCAGUGGCAGAGGUAGGAUUAGAACCCAGCGCUCCUGGCUCCCCAGCCGGGCCAGUGCUCGACCACCCAGCCUCGAUUUCCCCCUGCUGCUGCCACCAGUGCUGAUACACAUCCAGUAAGAAAAUUUAAGGUACCCCCCGCCCUCCAGGUGAAAUUUGGCUUUCACAGUAUUUCAUCUCCCCACGCAAAAUAACCCUGGCCUGUCAAAGCUGCAGAUGCUUGUCCCCUCCCAACCCACCAGGGAGCAACCAGCUGCCACUUUAACAGACCUGAUCGCAUCUCCUUCUAAUCCAUACACCCAGCGUCAUUGUUGUGUUUGUUUUUCCUUAAUUCCUAUCGGCUCAGUUUCUCUCUCUCCACCUCCAGCUGCCCUCGCCUUUAAUUCCCCCCUCCCUCCACUUUCCCUCUCUCCCCGAUCUCCCUGUUCUUUAUUUACAGCCACCUUCUCUCUAGCAAGGAGAGCCAGUUGGCAAUUUCACACCUCAGGUUGGGCUGGGCGCCAAGGAGCAGCCGGCAUGUCUAGCCAGGGACAACCAGGGAAGAUGGGAUGGAGAAGGCUAAAAAAGGAAGAGAUUUAAACCUCCCCUCCAUGCAUACAUGCAACUUUCUUUUUGCCUGCUCAAUUUCAGCUUCUUUUAUCCCUCCCUCCCUUUCCCCUGGUCAGUUUCACUAGGCUCUGUCCUCUGGGGGGAAUUGAAUCUAUUGAUGCUUCCCUAGGGGAUGCUCCAUAAAGAGCAGGGAUCUGGAGAAAGGGCAUUUUCUCUCCUUCCUCCCUUUUCCUGUUGCAGGGGAAUGACACUUCUUUGGGAGCCGGGAAGGGGGGGUGCUAGGUAUCUGUCCCUCCAGCUGGUGCCUUGCUUCUUGCUGAAGGUCUCUGUAACCUUUGUAAACUAGAGGGAGCUGUGCCUGCAAAAACCCUAGGGCCAGGAGGAGGAGGCGAAAAACCCUUUGACGUAUCAGGAGCAACGAUUGCAAAGAGGCUUCCAGACCUUCCAGCCACCGAUUUUUUUUUUUUAUCUCCCGCCUUUCCCGAAAUCAUCCCCAACAACCGCAUCAAAACUAUGACUGGCUUCCUGAAGCUGCAGCUCCUGCCAUCCUUCCUCCCAAAAGUAGCCCGCAGGUCCCUGAAAACAAGAAACUGAUGGAUGCAAAAGGCUGAAAAGUCUCUUCCCACCCCAGCCCCCUUUUCUUUGUGCAGUUACCUUGCAAAAAGCUACUGGUGGUGUCUGGAGAUCACUGUUGCAGUUGUUUGGGCUGUGUUGCGUUUGCAGUUACUUUCCUGGAUCCUGUAAAGGAGACGAGCUCUCAGGGAAAGCAUCAUAACAACCCUCUCAAAAUCUAACAAAGGAGAAGAAAGCUAUAACUGGACUCUUCCAAGCUAGACUUUUGCUAAAGUUUUCCAGUCCUGCUUUUGUGAAUGUCUCUUAAGAGGGAGGAGGUUUGAUUUUUUUUUUUUUUUUUUUUUUGGGGGGGGGGGUAAGAUCCCUGCUUAUUUGGGCUUUGGAAUAAAUCACUCUCUUCCCCCCCCCACCAGAAAUAGAAACCGAAUGAUGGAUGUGUGCCAAUGUGUACUGGAGAUUGUCUUGUUUGUCCAGGAAUUGCGUGUGUGAGGGUUUGACGCUUCAGCAACCUUAACUGUAAACCAAGGAAGUUUCUGGUGGCGAUGGGAAAUAAAUAUAUACACAUCUUCGUAUCUGACAAGAAACGGUAGCUGGGAUGUGAUUUCGUUCCCUGGAUCUCUUAAAGGAUUCUAACUGGAUAGACAAAGACUUACGAGAACCUCUGGUUAUAUAUUUAUGUAUUUAAGAGGAACUUUGUAAAGGCAGUUUUAAAAUGGACAUUAAUGUGCCUGGCUAGUGUUUGAACGGGUGAGGUGUUCAUUGUCUAGGGUUGUUUUUGUUUUUUGUUUUUUAAAUGUUUCUUUCCAGACCAUAGAAAAUUGUCUUUGCGGGAUGCUCUAUUGUUGCUUAGAUCUGAUCGUUCCAUAAUGAACUGGUAAAUUUCUUUUCUCUCUCUUUCUUUCUCCUUUAAAAGCGCUAAUGCUUUGUAAAUGCUCGGUAUCGCAAAUCCGUUUUAGGGAUUAAAACCUAUCUCUUGGAAAGGCACUCUGGAGCUUUCAUUCGAGACAGGUUUUUGGCCGUGUGUGUCUAUUUUUUGAAGCUUAGUGCAGGGGAGAUGAAUUUUUUUAAAAAAAAAAGACUUUUUCUCCCCUCAAUUGUCCAUUGCAUUUGAACUGGUAAUAGAAUGUGAAAACCUUCCGUGAUCCAUCCCCCACACAGAGAUCUGGUUUGAUGUAAGUAUUUUAUUUCAUAAGGUCUAUAGGAUCUCCAGACAGGAGUGUGUUGCUUUUCAUUUUGUGUUAAACACCUUUGAAACCCUUUCUAUUAAAGGGAGAGAGGAAAUUUCAUUUCCAACUCCUGGAGCAGCUCGCUCUGGGAUAAGACAUCAGUCUGAGACAUAAACAUUGGAGACCUCUCGAUGCUCAGGGUCUCCUGAAAGGAAGAUGAAUGACACCCAAUUUGGAUUAUAAAUCAUGGGGAGCCGCUAAGGCUUAUCUGAUGGCAGCUUGAGAAUUCUUCCAAACCCACUUGUUCUGCCCAGAGAGGUCGGGGUUUUGUUGUCAGGCUGGAACAAAUGGCCAAGUGGCUGAAAGAUUACUUGAGUUUUGGGAGCAGGAGGUCUCCUCCACAGCCCCCCAAGCCCGACUACACAGAGAGUGAGAUCUUAAAGGCUUACAGAGCGCAGAAGAGCCUGGACUUUGAGGAUCCCUAUGAAGACAGCGACAAUAAACUGGAGCCAGAUCCCGGGGGCUCGGGCUCCCCAAAUAUGGCAGCUGCUGGUGGCUGUGCGGAAGGGAAAUACACCUCCCCAAAACACAGGCUUAUCAAAGUGGAGUCCACCGACCUGAACAGGAGCAAAGCUCUGUUGGAGACGGCAGCUGAGGAGCUCAAAGGCAGGCAAGAGCAGGGCGAUGCUGACAGCGAGUACUCUGACCCCUUCGAUGCCCGCCAGGAGCAGCCAGGGGACACCAAGGAGCCAGUGCCGGAGAACAACGGCUACAUGGAGCCCUACGACGCCCAGCGGGUGGUGGCAGAUUUCCAGGGGAAAGGCGACUGGGAGGGCCGGCAGGGGAAGAAGUGCCUGCAGGGCCUGCAGCUUUACGACACCCCCUAUGAGGAGCAGGAGCGAGAUCCCAAGGGUGGCCCGGCCAGCCCGGCCCGCGAGAGCCGCCUGCCCCAAGACGACGAGCGGCCAGCAGACGAGUACGAUCAGCCCUGGGAGUGGAAGAAAGACCACAUCUCCCGGGCCUUCGCAGUGCAGUUCGAAAACCCCGACUGGGAGCGCCCCUCCUCCCUGAACAAAGAGCGCCGUCAGCCGCCAAAGCACCUGACGGCAGGCCCCAAGCACGGCCGAUCGCAGAGCCCGGAGCGCAGUCCCCCCAUGGCCGAACGCGUGGACCCCUCGCUGCCACUGGAGAAGCAGGUGUGGUACCAUGGCUCCAUCAGCAGAGCGGACGCUGAGACCCUGCUGACUCUGUGCAAAGAAGGCAGCUACCUGGUGCGGAACAGUGAAACCAGCCACCACGACUACUCCCUGUCACUCAGGAGCAGCCAGGGCUUCAUGCACAUGAAGUUCACCAGGACCAGGGAGAGCAAGUAUGUGCUGGGCCAGAACAGCGCCCCCUUCGAGAGCAUCCCCGAGGUCAUCCACUACUACACGGCGCGGGAGCUGCCCGUCAAAGGGGCCGAGCAACUCUCACUGCUGUACCCCGUCGCCGUGCAGACCCUCUGACUCGGGGGGGCGCUGGAUGCUUGCUGACCGCGCAGGACAGGGGCUGCUCCCGCCCUGCCCGCCCCCAGAGGCACUGGCUCAAGGAUGGGGCUGAAGGAGGAAGGGCUUGUCCGGAGCCUGCAGCUGGGGAGGCCCCAGCCCAGCCCCCAGGGGCGAAUGGGGCGGCACUGUUUCAGCACAGGGGAGUCAUGCUCCGAAGCAGCCAUAGCAAGUCGCUCUGGCUGUAAUGCUGCAUCCAGCGCCCUCCUGCUGUCCCAGCCCCUGCGUCCUACUCUGGGGGGGGGGGGGGGUGGCCUUUGUCCUGAGAGGUCCCACACAGGGAAGGGGUUAGCCCAGGGUCAUCCCUUCUAGCCACAUCUGGGAGCUCCUGCUUCGGGGCUGUUUGUCCCGGAGAUUGUCCUGCUGUCCUUUUCCCUUCCCUUUCCCCUCCGCCCCCAGCUUGGUCUCUCCUCCUCCGGGAUACUGCUGGCCCCAAGGUCCUGCUGGGCCCUGCCCCUGAAAAUCUCCUCUGCCCUGCUCUGAGGGGGCUGUGUCCCAGAGCCCCCCAGCCCAUCCUGCUCUGAGAGACACUCCCAAGUUACUUCCCUUGCCUCCAGGCCGGUUUGAGCCCAGGCUUCCCCUUCCCUUGUGCAGUCCUGGGAGCUGCCAGUGUAGGGGAGGGGGUUUCCGAGCAUGUCCCAUCCUGGACAGUCCCCACUGUCCUGCCCUGGGAGGGACAUGCCCGCCGCCCCCGGGAAGGCUCUGAGCACAAUAACAUGUAGAGACAAUAGGUUCAUGUAACUGCCCUCCGGUGUCCUACCCCCGGUGUCAUCUCGCCUGAGCCAGCUCCCCCCACCACCGCCCCGGCCCCCUGAGCCAGGUGGGCCCCCUCCCCCUCCAACCCGUUCCCCCGGCGUGUGUGUGCGGGUCCGUCGCGCCGUGUGUGCUCUGUGCUGCUGUGCUCGUGCUGCCGUGGCAAAUAGGUUUCCAUUAAACGCCGUAGUCCAGACUCGGCCCCCGCCCGCCCGUCCGUCUGUCUCUGCCUGGCUGGGCAGGGGUCCCACCGGGGCCCCAGGGCUCCGUGCAUUACUCACCAGGGGACGACGGGGCGAGAGCAGAGCCGGCCCCAGGGCUAGAGGGUCUCCUGUCCACCCGUGGCAGAGGGGCUGCCUCCGAGAUCCGAGCCCGGAGAGAGCAGGUGACUUGCCAAAGCACCUCAUGAUUCAGGAGCGAAAGCCCCAUUUGCACCUAACUCCCUUAGGUGCCCUGGGGAGCUGGGCUCAGUUUGGUGGGUCACCCCGCCCCCUCGAUCCAGUGGACACAGCUCUUCCUGGAGAGCAGGGGGCCAGCCCGAAGGGGCCUUCCAGCCUCCUUUCCCCCAAGGGCGGCUCCCCUGCUGGGAGCUGAGUCUCCUCCCUCGGGCCCGGGUCCGGUAGCUGGGAGAGUUUCUUGGCCUCGCUUAACUGACCAAGCGCCAGCUAAAUUAGCACCUGCAGCCGCAGUGCCACCUCCUGGGACGUGGCCACCCCCAGGACGGGAGGGGGGCAGCUCUCCCCCUCCUCAGCUCCUUCAGCACCUGUCUCCUUCCUGCCCUGGGGUGGUGGGGGGACUUGCGGCUCCUUGGCCCAUUCAGCCCUGGGCCUCUGCCCGCAAGCGCCAGUUAAUGCCCAUGGUGGCGGUGGCUCUUCUGAUCUGGGCUGGUCCCCCCAGCUCUCCAAGUAGCCCUCCAUGGGGAACGGCCAACCUAGGCUGGAUUGGGGCUGGGGGCCUAGUGGGGAAGAUGGCCUCCUGCUGCCUGUUUUAGCCUUGCCCCACUCCCAGCCCCCCGGCCCACUCCCCCAGCCACUGGAGGGGUUCGAGCCCUUGCUGGGCCUGGGCAACAGGCCUAACCUGGCACCCCAUUAGUAGGGCAGAGGGGCCAUGAUCUGAUGUGGGGGCGGGUGGGGAGAAAUGGGCCCAGCGCCGACAUGAUGGGCCUGGCCCAGCCCCCUCAGAGCAGGCGGUGUCAGGGCAGAGGCGAUACAAGGAUGUGGUGGAGAGACCCCCGCACUGAGGGCUCGGCAGCUGCCAUUCCUGAUGGAGCAAGGGUGGGGUGACCAGAUGUCCUGAUUUAAUAGGGACAGUCCCGGAAUUUGGGGAUUUUUCUUAUCUAGGUGCCUAUUACCCCCCCGCACUCUGUCCUGAUAUUUCAUGCUUGCUAUCUGGUCACCCUUGGGGUGGGGGAAGCCUCCGGGACACAGACGGAGCGAGAGAGAGACGCCGAGGGCUCUGCUCAGCCAGCGGGUCCUCCCCGGCCCUUCCCGCCGCGCCACUCCGGGUGCCUGCCCCUUGCAGACCCUCACCAAUCGCCGGGUCUGGGCAGCCCCCUUCCCCCGCACCUGGACAGGCGGACACAUGGCUGGGUGGACACCGGGGCACCCACCCGCAGUAGGGCCAACGCACGGCGCUGUAUGAGCGGGUGACAGGCUGACUGCAGGACACCCGCACGCACGGGCACGGAUGCACGUCGGUGACGCUGGCUAACGGGCUGCAGGUGAGUCCCCCGGCCCGGCCCCGGGGCGAACCCCGCCCGCCAGCUCCUAGCCCAGGGGACUGGCCCCUGCCCUGCUCUGCAGCCG